GCUUUGCUGCUGGAGCUGCAAGAGCCAUGAAUAGGACACUAACAGAUCCUAUGGUCACUAGCUUCAGAGAAGAUGACCCACGUCCACCGGUCCCAGGGGAAGAGGGUGAGACGACAUGCCACCAUCCCAGCAAACUGGCCAUGAUGAGACCGAAGGAUCCUGUGAAAACCAUUAUGGCUGAUCCUCGCUGUUCCACAACCAGGAGGGAUGAGGAUGGACUUGGGGAACCGGAGGGCAGUGCAUCUCCGGACUCCCCUCUUGCCCGGUGGACCAAAUCUUUGCACUUCCUUCUCGGGGACCAGGACGGUGCUCAACUUUUCCGGGCAUAUCUUGAACGUGAGAAAUGUGAGGACACUUUAGAUUUUUGGUUCGCCUGCAAUGGUUUCAGGCAAAUGGACCUCAAGGAUACCAAAACGCACAGAGUUGCCAAAGUCAUUUACAAGCGGUAUAUUGAGAACAACAGCGUUGUGGCCAAGCAGCUUAAACCUGCCACUAAGACCUUUAUUAGGGAUAAUAUUAAGCGUCAGCAGAUUGACUCCGCAAUGUUUGAUCAGGCUCAAAUGGAGAUCCAGACGGCUAUGGAGGAGAAUGCCUAUCAGAUGUUCCUGACCUCAGACAUAUACCUUGAGUACGUCAGAACCGGAUGCGAGAACCCAAGUCAUGUGAAUCCCAAUGGACUAGGAGGCCUAAAACUGGUGUGCGGAUACUUGCCGAUGCCGACUCUAAACGAAGAGGAAGAAUGGAGUUGUAAUGACUUUAAAGCCAAAGCUUUGGCCACUGUAGUGGGUCUGUCCGCCAAAGCGCUACGGUCACCACCUUCCCUUCUUUCAGCGGAAGCAUUAGAGAAAAGCUACAGGUCCUACAGACGCAAUGACCCUGGAAACCACUGUCGUGUUACGUCCGGUUAUAGUUUUGCCCCUGCCACCAGUGCCAAUGACAGUGAGGUCUCCAGUGAUGCCCUGACGGAUGACUCUAUGUCUAUGACAGACAGUAGUGUAGAUGCCAUCCCUCCUUACAAGCUGGGAAGUAAAAAACAAAUCCAGCGAGAGAUGCAGCGCAACAUGAGGAUGAACGGCCAAGUGUCUCUACCUCCGUUCCCUAGGACGCGGCGGCCACCUAAGGAGAUGACUCCCGUGGAGCCAGCAGCAUUUGCAGCACAGUUGAUAGCCAGACUGGAGAGUCUGAAGCGGGAACAGGAAACCAUGAGCUCCCUGGAGGAGAGACUUCAACAGAUUCAGGAGGAGGAGGAGCGGGAUGAAUCUGAGGUGUCUGGAAGCAGUGCAUCCCACUCUCUGCCUUUGCUCCCUCCUGGCUCUUACGAGGAGGACCCCCAGGCCAUCCUGGACGAGCACCUUUCCCGAGUCCUCAAGACUCCUGGCUGUCAGUCCCCAGGAAUGCUUCGGCAUUCCCCACGCUCCCGCUCUCCUGAACAGCGCCCACUCCCUCGGGGAGGUCCUAGCACCAGAUCGCAGUCUGGCUCCCUGAAUGGACACGUGCCAGCCAAGGCCUUCAUCUCCAGACAGUCAACCAAGCACAUCCAUCACCAUUACAUCCAUCACCAUGCUGGGCCCAAAAGCAAGGAGCAGAUCGAGGCGGAGGCAACCCAGCGGGUGCAGUGCCUGUGCCAUGGGUCUUCAGAUUGCUGUUCUGCCCCUUACAUUCGCAGUCGGAGUCUGGGCCGAGACCAGUGUGGCAAGCCUGCAGAAGUGGCCUUGGGGCAUUGCAGCUCUUUAUCCAAGCGUUUGUGUAAAUCUGGUGAGGAGGUGAACACGGAAGGGUUGGAGAACAGUCUCCUUCAGUUGCCAGCUGACAGUACAGACCGCUCUCAAAACGUUUGGCAGUGGAUCCUGGAGAGCGACCGACAGACCAAGCACAAGCCCCACAGCACUCAAAAUGUAAAGAAGUUGCACUGUUUGGAGUCGCCACGCACACACACCUGGGGAGGUGGUGGAAGCAGUGGGCAUCUCCGUGCCCAUCAGCCCGCACACCCCUUUGUUCAGGACCCUGCCAUGCCUCCUCUACCCCCGCCCAACACCCUCGCACAGCUGGAAGAGGCGCGUAGACGCCUGGAGGAAGUUUCCAAACCCUCCAAACAGAGGCAUUCAACAUCAAGCCUUCAGAGAGACAAGAGUCACCCAGUGCCUGUUCAAAAUGGCAGUUCAGUGCUUCAAACGGAUGAACCGAAAGAUCCCAAGAAGAUUUCAAGUUGCCACAGUAGUUUGGGCUCAGAGACAGUGGUCACGUACUUCUUUUGCGGUGAGGAAAUCCCGUACCGCAGAAUGAUGAAAACACACAGCCUCACACUUGGACACUUCAAGGAACAACUACGGAAAAAAGGCAACUAUAGGUACUACUUCAAGAAGGCCAGUGAUGAGUUUGAAUGUGGCGCUGUGUUUGAGGAGGUCUGGGACGACUGCUCAGCUCUGCCCAUGUAUGAGGGCAAAAUCCUCGGCAAAGUGGAGAGAAUGGACUAGAUGAACCACGUGUGGACUUACCCAGCACUCGAAGAGCAAGAAAAUAGACGUUUUUAUGAAGCUUAAGAAGUUUAGAAGUUUGGCGUACCAAGCUAUUGAAGGAAAACUAGCCUAUGAAGUACAGAGGGAUCUGAACCAGCAACGCAUCCUUUGCUUUGGGAAAACUAUGACCAAUGAAGAUGCAGUCAAACCACUCGCUUGUUUGGACUACAACAUGCCAACAUUGGUGUGUUACCUUACUAUGAACUGCUGACCAGCAUUUGUGAUGAUUAUAAAUGUGUAUAAAUGUGUUGAAUGCCAGAAUGUGUGCAUGUGUAAUACAGAGGUGCUCAUAUGUACACAAAGUUAUAAUAUGCUUCUGUCACAAGUUAAAGACUUUAUUGCUAUUUAUUAAACUGUCAUUCCCCUCAUACCUGUGUUCAGAUGAUGGACAAGCUGCUUAUUUGAUUGGGAGAUCUUUCCAAUGUUAUACAUGCAUGGACAGAUGCCUCGAGUCACGUCACCUUAACUCAAAAGACUUGUACCAGGAAUUGCCGAUGAGAACGAACCUCUCCAAACCUCUCUGCUGAUUGGGUGGAAAUGUCUACCUUUAACGCCCAGUUAAUAGUUGUUGCAUCUUUAUAGUGCCUUUGGUUUAAGGUCCAGACAUUGCACAGGAACCAAUAGCCUUGUCCUGGAGCCUGUUCCAAAACUCUGAACAAAAACAGCAGUAAUAGGAAGUUACACCAUUUUAAAAGUGAAAUUCAGCAUGGUCUGCGAGAGAUCCGAGAGUGUGCAUGGAAAGGGUUAAUGUCCUGUGUAAACGUCGAAUGGAAAAGGCCUGGAUAAAUUGGCAUGAGCGGAUCAAAACAUGCCAUCGCUAGUGUAUUAUACAGUACCUGUGCCUACAUGGAUACCAUGCUGUGUGCUGCCCUGUUUCAGGGUGUGAAUAUUCCCUUGCUUUUCUGAGGGGUUUAUGUUUAAAAUACGUUUUUUAUGCUUUGGAUAUCUUGUAAUCAUGACAUUACUUUUCAGUGUUUUCCUCCCCAAAUUUUGUUUGUGUUCCAAUGUAAAUUAUGCAUUAUAUAGAGCUUCAUUUUAAAGACGACUUGGUACUUUAAUUAUUGUAAUUAUGAAGAGAUGUAGCCUUUAUUAAAAGUUAUAUUUUUUAAAUGAA